AUGAAGACUGUUCUCGCCGCAGCUAUUGUUUCUCUCCUGACUUCGGUCCACGCUUUCGACGCAGUUACCGUCAGCAAACAGACUUGGUUCGGAUGGCCUGACAACUGCGAGGACGGAUACACUCAAGGCUGUGGUAACAACGAUGUCGCAUACUCGUGCGCUGGCCGAAACUACAAGGCGGGCGGUGAUGGCUCAUUCAACAACCCAUUGACCUACGCAACCAAGAAGAACGGCAACCUCCACAAGCCCUGCGAAGUUGCUUGGUUCCCCUACCUGAAGAAGUACCUAGUGAUGAGCGACAUCUGUACAGGCUGCGAUGACAACCAGAUCGACAUCUGGAUCGGAAACGGAGAUGGUGGUCAGGACGAGUUGAACUGCGAGGUCAACUCCCCAUCCGGAGGCGGACACAAGCUGAUCCGCAAUGGCGCUUCMAACCACGAGACCAACACAAACGCACUAUGGAGCUCUUCGAAGCGCUGCCAGGUUUCGAAGAAUGUCUACCCCGAUGGUAACUGA